GUUUACCCCCGGCUUCGCAACGAAUAAGAGCAUGCCUCGCUUGCGCGAUUCCCUUCACCGCUCGGACCUGUACCUGCAGUUUCAUGACUAAAAGUGACGAUCAACCGCCUACUAGCGCCCCAUCAAGCAUCGACCCUGAGAAAAUCCAGUUGCUACAGCAUCUUACACCAGCGCCCAACAAUUAGGCACUAUCGUUACUAUCUACAGAUCUUGCAAAAUCAGACUAAAACGGUAGUUAUGGAUCCAGAAAGAGAGUCAUUGCUCUCAUACCACGAGACGCAGCGUGAAAGAACACAACAGCUGCUUUCGCACGAAAUUACGGCGAGUGCGCAAGCUAAUGAGGAUUACCCUGUUGAUCAUGGCAAAGUGGCAUGGAUGCAGGUUCUCGGUGGGUUCAUUCUGUUCGCGAAUUCCUGGGGCUUACCCAAUGCAUUUGGCGUUUUCCAAACGUACUACGUCGACACUUUGAUGCCAGAACAGGAUGCAUCGCGUAUUGCCUGGAUCGGAUCGAUACAGCUUUUCUUCACCACUAUCGGUUGCUUGCCUGGCGGUGUGCUGCUUGACCGGGGGUACCUCAAAAGUAUCAUCGCUGUUGGCACGGGCCUCGAGGUACUUAGUCUGAUCCUGACUUCUUUCUACAAGAGCUAUUGGGCUAUCUUCUUCUCUCAGGGAGUAUGCAUGGGUAUUGGCAGCGGACUGAUGGCGAUAGUACCUGUCGCCGUACUAGCCAUGUUCUUCGAGAAGAAACGCAUGCUGGCUACUGGCCUUGCUUCGACUGGUGCUAGUGUUGCUGGUAUCGCUUACACUCUCUCCUUACGCUCGCUCUUCCUCAGCGUGGGGUUCGCGUGGGCUGUUCGCAUCUUUGCGCUCAUCAUAUUUGUAACCAACGCGGUCGCUUUUGUGGUGAUGCGUUUGCAGCUCCAGUACGGAUCCAAGGGCUCCAGCUUUGGCUUUCACCAUUUCAAAGAUCUGCCAUACGCGACCUUCGUCAUAGCUUUCACGUUGUUCGUCGCCUCCUCGUUUGUGCCGUUCUUCUUCAUUCAGGAGUACGCUAUCAAGCUCGGUGUGUCGAAGGACAUGGCAUUCAACCUGUUAUCGAUCAUGAACGCGGCCAAUAUAUUCGGCCGUUUUGUUCCAAACUUCGUCGCCGACCGAUACGGCGGUGUGAACACCCUACUUCCUCUGACAAUUGCAUGCAUCAUCACCCUCUGCAUGUUACCCCUCGCCCAGGAAUUGAACGGUCUCAUCGCUAUCAGCAUUGUAUAUGGCUUCCUUUCUGGCGGCGUUAUCAUUAUUCCCGGACCUACUAUCACCGAUCUCUCGCCCAACAAGGCCUCCAUCGGCGUACGUCUCGGAUUGGCGUAUCUAGUUGCUGCUUUCGGCGGGCUUCUCGGUAACCCUGCCAUGGGCGCACUCAAGGGCGAGGGAAAUGGUGCGGUAGAGAACUUCAAGGGUGUGUGGUUCUGCGCGGCAGGCGUAAUGGGUGUGGGUGCCGUAGCUCUUGUUGUCACUCGAUGGCUCAAGUUGGGUAGCGUGUGGGCUGUGGGAAGAGUAUGAGGUAUGACAGGAGAACUUCAACUCUGAACUUCCUAAAAGGCAGGUGGUAGUAGAAGAAUGUCAGCUUACCAUGGCUUAUCUAAUCACGCCCAACCAUGCACGUUGGAUCGGUGUUUCUACGCAGCCAAUCAGACACUGCCACCGAUUAGAUCUUCAGCGGUAGUUGCGCAUGAGGCAGUAUUCCGAAGAUCUGGAUCACUUGAUAGUUGCGAUGUCACGCUGCAUCUCGAACAGGCAAUAUUCCAAAUACUGUCGAAACAGUUUGG